AAGGCGCGUGAGGCCGCGGCAAGUUCAACCCGAGGAUAGGUCCUUCUACCUUGCAAACAGGGCCUGGGAUACGAUCUCUCUCUUCUUCCUCCGCCUCCUCUGCCACGUCUCGUAGCUUAGCCGGCGACCCGGCAUCUUUUUCGUUUCUUUUUGGCUUCUUGGCCUGGAUCGCCAGGCCUCCACGCCGUUUUCUCUUGGCCACCGCCAUCUUGCCUAACAGUCGUUGCUCUUUGUCUUCCUUCCGGUUCUGUCGCGCUCUCCUUUUUCGAUCUCUAUGGUAAUGUAGUGACUCAUUCCUGUCUCUGUGGUACCUUCGUCUCGACUCUCUAGCCCUCCUCCGGCUCUGUGGUGACGGUGGCCGAGGCGGCGUGUAGGAUUGGAGAGAGAAGGGAGAGGGACUCCACUUCGUCCCCGUUUUCCCGGGAAUUGGCGAUCGCUUCCCUGUGAACUGGCCGAGGGGAGUCCUCUGGCCAGACCUCUGCGCAAAGGAGCAGGCCUUGGCCCCAGAAGCUUCCCUUGUCGCUGAAUAUGCAGUGAAAGAUGCCGCUCCUAACCCAACAGAUCCAAGCUGAGAAUGAAAAGUACAGCUUAGUGGCCAGCCUUGACAACGUUAGGAAUCUCUCCAAUAUCUUGAAAGCCAUUCAUUUUCGAGAACAUGCCACAUGUUUUGCUACAAAAAAUGGAAUCAAGGUCACAGUGGAAAAUGCAAAGUGUGUACAAGCAAAUGCUUUCAUUCAGGCUGGAAUAUUUCAAGAGUUUACAGUUCAGGAAGAGUCUAUUACAUUUCGAAUUAAUUUAACUGUCCUUUUAGACUGUUUAUCUAUUUUUGGAUCAAGUCCUAUGCCAGGGAAUUUAACUGCACUUCGGAUGUGUUACCAAGGUUAUGGUUACCCUUUAAUGCUAUUUCUAGAAGAAGGAGGAGUGGUGACAGUUUGUAAAAUCAAUACUCAGGAGCCUGAGGAGACUCUGGAUUUUGAUUUCUGCAGCACCAAUGUGAUUAAUAAAAUUAUUCUGCAGUCAGAGGGACUGCGUGAGGCAUUUUCUGAACUGGAUAUGACGAGUGAGGUCCUGCAGAUCACCAUGUCUCCUGACAAGCCUUAUUUCAGGUUAUCUACUUUUGGAAACGCAGGAAGCUCCCACCUUGACUAUCCCAAAGAUUCUGAUUUGAUGGAAGCAUUUCAUUGUAAUCAGACCCAGGUCAACAGCUACAAGAUUUCCUUACUGAAACCAUCUACAAAAGCAUUAGUCCUAUCUUGCAAGGUGUCUAUUCGAACUGAUAACCGAGGAUUCCUCUCAUUACAGUAUAUGAUUAAAAAUGAAGAUGGACAAAUAUGUUUUGUGGAAUAUUACUGCUGCCCUGAUGAAAUUGUUCCUGAAUCUGAGUCUUAAUUAUGACAACUGACUGCGAUUUUUAUGUAGCCAUUCAUGAUAGGUUAUGUUCUCAUUCUGGGUACAGGACCCUUACGAUUUCUUUCUGGAUUUUCUAUAGGGGAGAAACUAAGAGGAGAUAGGAGCAAGUUCUCUGUGCCCUAAUAGUUGCUAGGUAUUUUGUAAAGAAGUGUUUCUAUGUAGUCAUGCAUCAUCCUGUAUUAUACUAUGCUAUGGUUCUGUUUCUUGAACUCAUGGGAAUCAUUACGAGCCAAGAUGAAUAAAUUAUGUGUUCUGCUCUUAGUAGGACAUUUCAGGAGCCUAAAGAUUUAAAGUUUGAUGAAGGUAUAUUGGAGAUGUUCUUUUAUUUAUUUACCAUUAGGAAAAACAAAGGCAUAUGGGCAUUGCUUGGUAUGAAUUCUGGAGAAUAUAUCUUAAAGCAGUGGUUCACAAAGUGUGGUGCCCAGAUGGGCAGCAUUGGCAUCAUCUGGGAACUUGUCAGAAACUCUGGGGGUGGGAUCCAGCAAUCUUUAUUUUAACAAGCCUCCCCCCAGAAGAUUCUGAUGCAUGCUGAAGUUUAAGCACCACUGUUUUAAAGGGUCCUAAUUUUUUUAAAAUUGCAUUUAAUUGCAUUGAAGGGCUUGUUUUACAUGUGAUUUAUUCACAGCCAUAAUUUGAAAUACUCUGAAGUUUAGGCAUCACCAAACAAGUCUGAACAAUUCUUUAUAUAUUUUUAAAGUAUGCCUUUUGAAAAAAUCUAUGAAUGGGUAUAUAACAGUCUUCAGAGUUAUGGAUUUUCUUGUCAAACUGUUCAAUGUGUUAGUACUGCAGUAAGUACUUAUAAGAUACCUUCUAUUGCCUAUGAGAGUUUCCUGACUAAACCAAGGAAUAGAAAAUCAAAAUCACUUAAGAGAUUUUGUACUUUUCUAAAUAGUUUUCACUGAAAUAAUUUUUGUGCCAUGUAGAUAUUUUUGUAUUUAAUAAAAUAUAUUGUUAAAAUUA